AUGGCUCCCUUGAUAGCUCGUUAUUUAGGAUACUGCGAUCCAAACUCCGUUAACUGCAACAAUAACUCCACCUGGGAUCGCUGGGGUCGCUGGGUCGCCUUUGCCGUCAUUGUCGCAAUCGCCGUUCUUAUCUUCUUCGCGUUUGCCUGUUUCAACGCUCGCCGGCGCCGUCGUCAGGGCCAACAACCAUUCACCGGCACAGCAUGGAUGGCACCACCUCCAGGUCCACCCCCGCCUAAUCAGCCUACAUAUCAACAACCUUACUACGGUGACCCUUACUACCAGAGUCAGCCCCCACCGCAGUAUUCCGCAAACCCGAACAACUACGGUUACUUUGGCGCCCAGGCUCCUCCACCGCAACAGAACGGUAUCGAGCUCCAACAGCCCCAACAUGCCCAUGCUUCUGGUGCGCGAGACUAUGCUCCUCCAUCGGGCCCUCCUCCCGCUAAGUCCUAA